AGCGUCAUGUAUUGCAUCAUUUCCAUUUUUAGGAUUCGGAAAGACGGUGCUACAGUAUCCAUACACGUGGUGUUUCUUUGAUUAUUACAACACUCAUCCAGUGAAUAAAGCUUUUAACUAUUUCUAUGCGAUUUUUGCAAUUUUGAUUAUAUCUAUAACGACUUGUUUUAACUUGACAGCAUUAUGUACAUUAUUGAAUAGAUGUCGGAAUAAUGAUGCUUUAAAGGGAUGCAGACAAAGUUUUAGAAAAUGUAGCAAAUCUCACAAAUACACUGAAUGCCAAAUGUUGUCUCAGCUUGCAGGGAUAACUGUAGUAUUUAGUACUUGUUACGUUCCUCUUAUGAUAAAGAUUCUGAUUAAUCAAAAUGAAAACAAUCUCCGAAACUAUGGAUCAGAUUUCACGGUUAUCCGGCUAGCAUCUGUCAACCAAAUAUUGGAUCCAUGGGUUUAUAUUUUAUUAAGAAGAGAGCUUUUAUGGAAAGUUAUUAGCUGUUUUAAAAAGCGUGACAAUAAUGACACCAUACCAUCAGUUUUUCAGAAAGCAGCAAGGAGUCACAAUUAUGAACAGUCUUUUUGUUCGUUCUGUUUCGAUUGUUUAUGUGAUCCUCACGUAAAUAUGAACAAUAUGGACACCAAACGUUCCCUUUCUGAUCUACGACUAUCGGUAAUAACAUCAGUUACGCCUCCAGAUGUAAGAAGAACAAUUUUAAGAAUCGUUUCCGAAGACGCGAUAAACGCCUCUAAUUUGUCAAUCAACAGAAGUUGAUACAUUCAGAUUGUUUCCUUAGUUAUAAAAAAAUCAUGUCUUAUAAUACACCUCGUUUUCCUUAAUAAGGACGAAAAACUCAUUAAAAUAGUAAACCAUUAGCAGAAUUUAUGCAACAGGGGAGUGUGAAUGGUUUAAAAAAUGAUAGCCACUAUAAAAAUAAAACCAAAUAAAAUGCAAAAACAUUGACAUUAAAUAUGUGUGGAAUUUCAGAUUUCUUUCUUAAAGAGAUAUGACAAUUAUAGUUUAUCAAUUUUGUACUAGUGUAUCUGCAUAAAUCAUUGGUAGUUAUUAAAUUCUUCAUAGCUCAUGUUAGUUUAUUCCAUGCUUUUUUGCAUUUUUACAUCCAAA